AUGGAAGAUCAAAAGGUCAUGGCAGAAGAUCAAGAGGUCGUGAGAGAGGAUCAAGGUGGUGAAUUAGAAGGUUGUAAUGAUGAAGAAUCAAGAGGUCACGGUAGUCAUAGUGGCAGAUCAAAUAUUUUUUAA